AUGAACCAUUUUGACUUAACGAUAUUGUUUGCGCCGAUGGAAGGCGUGGGACACGUGAAUGCGUGCAUAGGUUUGGCUGAAGUACUGCUGAGUCGGGGCCACAAAGUGGUGUUCGCUGUCGACCAGUCAUAUGCGGGAAAGUUAUCGCCGUUUGGUUUCAUUGAAGAAAUAAUAACUUCAGAGGAAACUAAAGGUAAAAAGCCCGGAGAAGACAUUGCCAUAAAAUUGGUGGCAUCGGGACUACUGUCCGCUAAAACAUCGUUAGAAUCGUUAAAAAGUAUGAAAUCUGUGCCGUUAAUGGAUGUAAUGCUACAGAAAUUUAAAGACAAUGAACCACAGCUUAAAGCUAUUGUAGCCAAACAUAAUCCCGAUGUGUAUAUCAUCGAUGACUUCUUCGGCUCUCCGACACUAAUCCACUCAAACAAACCCUGGGUUUUGUUGUGUAGCGGAAAUCCAUUAUUUUAUAUCAAUGAUGAGAGGACUCCACCGCCCGGUUCUGGUUAUCCUUCAAACGGAGACCGAAAAGAAUGGGAAGAAUUCAAAGAACUAAAAAACAAUAGCUUUAAAAGUCAUGCCAUUAAAUACAAUAAAUGGAUGAAAGAGGAAGGCUUUCCCAUCACUACUAAUAAUAAAGCUAUGCCUGACUCGCCGUAUCUUAAUAUCUAUGGAUAUCCCAAAGAAUUGGAUUAUUUAGAUCUCAGACCACUUCCAGAGAAGUGGUUAAGAGUCGACGCAUUCAUGAGAAGAGGAGAGAAAGAAGAGUUUAAAAUUCCCGAUAAAUUUCGUGACAGAGAUAUAGAGAAAAGUAAAUUAAUUUAUUUGUCAUUGGGUUCUAUGGGUUCAGCAAAUGUGGAUCUAAUGAAGAAAUUGGUGUCUAUUCUCAGCAAAAGUCAGCACAAGAUUAUUGUCUCGAAGGGAGUUCUCGGAGACACAUAUGAAUUGGCGGACAAUAUGUGGGGCGAGAACUCAGUUCCGCAGACAAAA